GUUCUUGGACUCCACGUAACUCCACACAACAAAAAUCAUACACAUCAAACUUGAUACAAAUAAUGGAUCAAAGUAAUCAACAAAACAAAACACUCGAACCACAUGUACUUGUAUUCCCCAUACCAUUUCAAGGCCCGGUUAACUGUGCUCUCAAGUUGGCCGAGCUCCUAUGUCUUUCGGGCAUCUGUGUCACCUUCCUUAACACCGAACACAUCCACCGCCCUCUUCUCCGCCACACCCAGGUCCUGUCCCGGUUCAGUCGCUACCCCAACUUCAAAUUCGAGACUGUCCCGGAUGGACUUGAGCAUGAAAAACCUGUCUCUGGAGACGGGUUCAUGGAGGUCAUGGCUGCUGUAGAUGCGGUGAGUAAACCUCUUUUUCGGGAGAUGAUGGUUUCGGGUAGUUUAAGUCGAAAAUCGGAUAGGCCGGUGACUGUUAUGAUACCGGAUGCUUGCUUCAGUUUUGCGGUGGAUAUCGCGAUAGAGGCGUCGGUUCCGGUGAUUUGCUUUGAGACCGUGAGUCCAUGCUGCUUGUGGACUUCGUAUUUGAAUCUUCCUACUCUUAUUGAAGCUGGGGAUGUCCCCUUUAAAGGAAAUGAUCUAGAUCAGUUCAUAAAAAGUGUACCAGGAACAGAACACAUUAUUCGAAGACGGGAUCUUGCUAGCUUUUGUCGUACCAACGAUUUGUCGGACCCGGUAAUCAAACUCAUCGUCAAAGAAGCUCACUCGGUUCCUCGAACUCAAGGUCUCAUACUCAAUACAUUUGAAGAGUUGGAUAGUCUCAUACUCAAACACAUGCGAAAGCUUUGUCCAAAUAUUUACACCAUAGGCCCACUCCACACUCUUCACAAAACUCAAGUUACGGCUAACACAACAAAACAAUCGGAAGAAACCACCUUUUCUAACAGUGUUUGGAAGGAAGAUAGAACUUGCUUGAACUGGCUCGAUAAGCAUGAUCCAAAAACUGUCAUUUACGUCAGCAUAGGUAGUCUUGCAACCAUGACAGUUGAACAACUUCUUGAAAUAUGGUAUGGUGUGGUAAAUAGUGUGAAACCUUUUUUGUGGGUGAGACGACCAGGGUCGAUCACUGGUGGGUAUGAUGAAUCUAAGGUUCCGCCAGAGCUACUAGAGCGUACAAAAGAAAUCGGGUGUAUAGUAGAAUGGGCCCCACAAGAAGAUGUACUCGCCCAUCCGGCCAUUGGUGGGUUUUUGACACAUAGCGGAUGGAACUCGACUAUAGAGAGUAUAGCGGAGGGUGUUCCCAUGGUUUGUUGGCCAUACUUCGUGGACCAACAAGUGAAUAGUCGAUUUGUGGAAGAGGUAUGGAAAAUGGGAGUAGACAUGAAAGAUACUUGUGAUCGUUUGCGAGUUGAAAAGGCGGUGAGGGACAUUAUGGAUUCAAAACAUAAUGUAUUUACGCAACAUGCACGUACUUGGGAAAGUUUGGCUAAAGAGUCGAUAAGUAAGACGGGUUCAUCAUCUAAUCAUGUUGGUCGGCUAAUUGAUGAUAUUUUAGCAAUGAGCUCGACUUGAACCUAAAGUAAAGAUGUUGAGGUAUGUGCUAAAAUUGUAUUGGGGAGAUACGAGUACUAUUGUUGAAUUUGUAUGUACUUUUGUUGAAUUUGUAAGAUACAUAAGUUAAUAUAUGAAUAUGGACAUAAGACAACUUCUCAAAUAAACUUGUUAUA